AGUUUUGUUUGUUGAGACAGGUUCUCAUUAUGUAGCCCAGGCUGCCCUGGAACUCACUAUGUAGACCAGGCUAGCCUCAAACUCAGAGAGUGAUUUGCUUCUACCUCUCAAAUGCUGGAAAUAAAGACCUGCGCCACGAUAUCCCUCCCCCUUUUGCCUGUUUUAACAUCAGCAGUCAGGCAUCAGAGAGCUUUUAUUUCUCCUCAUCCAUCACCCUUUACCUCCUCUUCAUGGCGAAAGUCUCCCCCCUUCACCAAGGAGAGUCUGUUUUAGGGACCCAGCCCUAUCAAUUUCUCCCGAUAAGUAGGCAGGCCAGGGCAGAGAGUAAGGAGGAGAAGAUAAAGGCAGGUUAGUGCUGGCCUGCCUUCGUUCCUACCCACUCAUAAACUCUUCUGUCAGAAUAUGUAAUACGAUAGCACAGAGGGAUGGUGGUGGAGAUGCAAAUGUAUUGCAGUGGGACUUUGGGGGAUAACUGGAGCUGUAUGAUUUUGUCUAUGAUUGUACAGUCAUGGGUGUGACUUUAUGAGGUUACGUGACCAACGUAUGACUGGUGAAUGUGUGGCUACGCGCAUGAUUGUAAAUGCCUAUUAGUAGAUAUCCCAGUGAUCGUGGCUGCCCUAAGCCGCUGUAGCAUCAGCCCCUACGUCACUCACUACCCCUCUUCAGUGUUCUCUCUUCGGGGCUUAGGAACCCCUGGGAAAUGAUGAUGGUCCGAGAAAGGGCUGGCUGGGGACAGUGACAGCGGGCCAAGAGCUGUCACAAGAUAAGCAAGGUAUUGCCACCUGUCUCUGACUCACCUAGUGCCCCAGGCAAAAUGCAACUAGAUAAAAGGUAGGGAGAGGAGGAGAAAGAAGCUAGCAAGGAGGCUGAGCGGCAUGGAGGGGCUCUCGCCCACCAGCAGCCUCCUGUUGAUAUUGUUGCUUCUGAGCCCAGAACCUGGAACAGGCUUGCCACUGCCCUCCAGCUCUACCUGCUGUACGCAGCUCUAUAGACAACCGCUCCCCAACAGGCUACUGAGGAAGAUCCUCCAUGUGGAACUGCAGGAGGCCGAUGGGGACUGUCACCUUCAGGCUAUUGUGCUUCACCUGCCUCGGCGCACUGUUUGUGUCCACCCUCAGAACGGCAGCCUGGCUCGGUGGUUUGAGCGCCAUGGGAAGAGUCUCCAGGGGACUCUAUCCAACUUAAAUCUGGAACUACAAAUGAAAAUGUACUCGAGCCCCCAGCAGCAAAACUAAUAAAACAACAUUAGACAA